AAAAAAAGGGAUUUAAUGGGUUUUUGUAGAAUCCUACGGAAAAUUGCAAUCCUCACACUUAAAAAAUCAAAUAUAAACAAAAAAUAAGAAAGGCAGAGGCAAAUUACAGAGGCAGUGAAGAAUUUUUGUGAUAUCAAAAUUCUCUCAAAUCCCAAGAUAGUUUGCUCAGGAAAUCAGUUCACGCAUCAGCAAACAUGAGAUUCAGGAAAGGAAGCAAAGUGGAAGUGCUAAGCAAGAAGGAGGUGCCUUCAGGCUCGUGGCGUUCGGCUGAGAUUAUGUCUGGCAGUGGUCACUAUUAUACUGUUAGAUAUGAUAAAUUCGAGGGUGGGAGUAAUCAAACUGUUGUCGAGAGGGUAUCUCGUAAGGCUAUCAGGCCUUGUCCGCCUUCUCUGGAAGUUUUAGAGAAUUGGAUCCCUGGCGAUGUUGUGGAGGUAUUCAAUGAUUGUUCUUGGAAAAUGGCUACGAUUUCUGAGGUUUUGGGGAAGAACAACUAUUUGGUUAGGUUACUUGGUUCUUCUAGUGAAUUCAAGGUCUGCAAAUUCGACAUUCGGGCAAGAAGAUCAUGGCAAGAUGACAAAUGGGUUUUGAUGCACAAGAGGUCUGGCAAUCGUGGCGAUGAUAGCAAAGAAGAUGCGAAUGCAAGUCCUAGAUUUUAUGGUCUGAGCUCCCAAAUUCAGAAAUUCCAAAAUGUUCCCAACUUAGACACUUGGAGAAGGGGAUCAAACUAUGAGUGUUCUCAAGCUGAAACAAUGGGUAGAGCUGGCUUGAAAUGUAGAACGUUGAAGAAGAAGCAAAGGUAUCAUAAAGUUGUUGCUCGAAAUCCAUCCACGUUGCACGAGCAUGUAAAAUCACUAGUUAUCCAAAGAGGUAUGCUGGGGGGAAACAUUGGAGAUGCUUUGGAUAGAACCAUCAUUUCUGAAAUGAAUUGUGAUAGGAAGAAACAAAUGGGCGUAGCUUACCAUUCUUUUGCAGAAAACUUUGAACUAAAUGAUGCUGAUAGAGCUACAUGCUCUGUUGGUAGUUGCAGUGUCUCUAACAGCGAUCACCGUGGGUUACGUUGUCGAGUUUCUAUUGGCCACAAUGAAGACACAGAUGGUUCUACGGGUGAUGCCGAAUCUUUUUGUCAUUUGGGAUACAGAACUGACAAUUUUCUUCUGCCCAGAGACGAGCCAUUGGAAGCUGAAAUCCAUAGAGUCUAUCCUGCGAUAGCUUUAUCAUCAUCAUUGUACCACUUGGAACUCUGCGAUAUUUCACUUGGGAACAUAAUCGAUGCAUUUGUUCCAGUGUUCGCCACAGUUCUAAUUGUGUAAAUAAGAUUCUCCAUUCUCUUUGCAUAUACAACAUGAAAGUUUUAUUUACAUUUCUUGUGAAGAUGCAUUGAUUUCAGUUUAUAUGGGUUAUUGCAUCAAUGCAAUCGAGGACAUGCUUGAGCCCGACAUCCUUCUGCCUGUGGAGGAUUAGACUCUUCUUCACGUCGGGGGCUGAUCGGUCUCGUUUCUCAAUGGUUGAAGUUUGAAAGGAUUCAAUUAUGACCAGACAACCCGACAUAGAAUACAAGAUCCAGGUAACAUAAAAGUAAUGGUUUCUGUUUAUUCCUCAUGCAUUGCAUGUAUAUGUUUUUGCCCUUAGAGUAAAAGGAAGGUUACUUGAGAAGGCGUGAUGGUGUUCUUAUGUGCAUUCUGCAGAAAUAUCAAGCUAGAGAUGUAUCGUUCGAUCUCGGCGUUAAAGCGAGUGUAGAACUUGUCUCAAAGCUGUGGGUGGAUUUCCCCUCAUAAGAUGUGAGCUUUGCUCUAUAACUAUCAUGCCUGGUUUGAACAUUUGAAUCCAAACAAGCCUCAUCUCAUUAUUAGCUUUUACUUUCUUAAUUACUCUUCCUGUGCUGAUCAUGCCUGCUUUUGAGGAAUUAGGAGUACCGCUGUUCAUAAUUGAGUUGCAAGUACAAAUCACAUUCAUUUGUUGUUCUUUUGCACAGAUGGCAUCUAUCACAAUGAUUUUUCCUCCUGUUUUUUAUUAUUUA